AUGCGGAGCCUUGCGCCUCUCAGUGCGCCGGCUGAGGACCCGAUCAAGGGAGCUGUCGGCGUACCCGUCGAUACAGACACCCCCGUUGCACCGGACCAGUUCGACGAGCGUUACGAGACAUCGAAGUGGGAGAUCUGGUCGUAUUACUGCUACUACGUCGGAGACAAUGGCCUCACUCUAUUCAACUUCGGUCCGACGGCUUUCCAAAAUCUCAUGUAUGAAGCUGCAGGAGACUCCGAGGUGCUGUACUUCAUGGGCCGAGACCGUACCAUCAACUCCAUUGUGCUUCUCUGCAACGGCAUCAGUUUCGCCAUCCAGGUCGUCGUUUUCUUGAUCCUCGGUUCAUUCGCCGAUUUUGGUACAUGGCGCCCCAACAUCCUGAUAGGGCUGUCCGUCAUUGCUUUUGGAAUCGGCUUUGGCUGGUUAGGCGUUCAUACCGAGGAUAAAUGGCACGCCGGUGUGGGUCUCUAUAUCGUCGGUCUUAUCGCAUACCAAACGACAAUCACAUUCUGGACUGCUGCCUUCCCUGGGCUGGCAAGGAACACCAAGGAACUGCGAGUUAAAGCCGAGGAGUUCGCCGAUGGAACGAUUACCCGCGCAGAGUACGAUUUUGCCGAUAUGAUGAAGCGAAAUGAGCUCUCCAACACAGCGUUCUACGUUCAAUCCGUAUUUGAGAUCCUCAUCCUGGCUGUUAUCGUGGGCAUCAUGUUCGGUCUGCACGUCAAUGACAGCGCGGAGAACAACAACUGGGGUCUCUCGGUACUCAUCGCUUUUGCGACCGGAGUUUGGAUCUUAUGCGCUCUUCCGUGGUUCAUCCUCGAGAAAAGACGACCAGGCCAGGACCCAGGACGCGCGAACAUAGUCCUAGCAGGUCUCAAACAGCUCGGAUACGCGAUGCGACAGAUCUGGCAGUUGCGCCAAAGUCUGGCAUAUCUGGCGGGCUACUUUCUCCUCGGCGACAGUCUCAACACCACCGUGACGGUUAUCGGGACUCUACAGAACGAGAUUGUUGCGUACAACAGUCUGCAGCUUACCUACCUGCUUAUUGUAGGUAUCGCUGCCCAGGCAGUUGGUAUCGGCGCCUUUUGGCGCAUCCAGAAGUAUUACGGUCUUUCCACCAAAACCAUGUUCAUGGUUGUCGCCAUAUGCAUCGUUCUGCUCGACGGCUGGGGCAUGAUCGGCAUCUGGACGCAGCGCUUCGGUUUCCACAACAAGUGGGAGGUUUGGGUAUACCAGGCCUUCUAUGGAUUGCUUGUCUGCCCGUGGUACAGCUAUUCGCAGACCAUGAUCUCCGAGGUUACACCGAGAGGGAAAGAGUUUCUUUUCUUCAGUUUGUUCUCAAUCGUGGGAAAGACGAGUGCUUUCAUCGGCCCACUGGUGAGCUCUGCCAUUAUCGAUGAUACUGGCAACAACAGCAGUCCUUUCUAUUUCUUGUUCGCGUUGAGCCUGGUUAGCUGUGCCUGGCUUUUCUUCUUUGUAGACGUUGAGAAGAGUAGGAUUGAGCAGGAGACCUUCCUGGAGAGGGAGAAGAACACCAAGAUGCACAACGAGGAUGCUGAGACUAUUCCCAUCGUAUCACGUUGGUUCACACAAUCAUUCGACGAUUCAGUCUUACCAGCCAUCGACAUCAUCAAGACCAAGCACAGCGCACAACAUCUAAACAACUACAGACAAACAGCAAUGACAUUAACCUCCUGGCUAACAAGCUCCCCCGAGCAACCCACCGAUACCACCGACCCCAACAACUUCUCCUCUCUCGUCAACAAAAUGAACCUCGCUUCCAUAAAAGCUGACGCCGAAAAUAGCUACAAAGAAAAGUACCUUCGACUCCGCAGGCAAAUCGACUCAGACACCGUUCACAACGACCUUCGUGCUGAGAUUGCCUCUCUCUUAGCCAACAAGACAAGAUACGAGACCGAGCUCCGAGACACCGAAAAGGCGAAAACGAGCGCAGACAUGCAGGUCGUUGCCCUUGACCUUGUGAUUAAAGACACAAACGUGUACUACAAGUCCAAGCUGGAGACUGUAGAAGCGCAGAACAAGGUUCUUAAGGAGGAGAAUAAGAAGCUAAGGAAAAGUGAGCAGGAGAUGAAGUCUUUGCUUCUCUUGCAUGAGAUCUGUGUACCAAUACAAGGUUCUACGAAUGAAGACACGCAGACUCUGGAAUCAGAGUUUGAUAUGGAGCUGUUGGAGGGUAGCGGUAUUGACGACGAUUGGCGGACUGAAUCUAGUGAUUUGGGUACGGACUCGACGGAUGUCUGCCCUCAGUGGUAUAACUAUGGUAGGUGUAGUCGGGAUGGCAGUGAUGCUGCUGAGAAGUGUGAGCUUGGUGUGCAUCCACGUCUUCUUAACUUCGGUGCAGGUUUGAAGGAGUACAUGUAG